UUUCUUCCCGUCAGUGGCGUGCAAUUAAAGUCUCGUUGCGUCGAGUGGUUCACCAGCGCGACAGAAGUACAGCUCUUCGUCCUCCCAGCUGCCAUUCGAAGCAUCUUCGGACCUGCGCCCUGCUCCGUGCCUGGAAUUCAGCAUCCCACAACUGUCCGGUGGUGGAAAUUAAAAAACAGGGAGCCCACCGAGGUGGACCAUGGGUGCCCGUGGGGAAAAACUUUUCCCGGCUCCGUUGCGAUGGCCACUGCUGGCGCUGGCGCUAGCGCUGAUCGCGGCCCAACAUCGCGUAAACGGCGACGAACCGAGGCGAGAUGCCGAUUAUCCGCCACCGGAGCUGCUGGAGCAGAUGAAACCGAUGCACGAUGCUUGCGUGGCGGAGACGGGUGCCUCGGAAGACGCCAUCAAGCGGUUCAGCGACCAGGACAUCCACGAGGACAACCGGCUCAAGUGCUACAUGGACUGUCUGUUCCGGCAGGCCGGUGUCGUCAACGAUAAGGGCGAGUUUCACUACGUCAAGCUCCAGGAUUUUCUGCCCGAGUCGAUACAUCUCAUCACCCUGAACUGGUUCAAGCGCUGCCUCUAUCCGGAAGGCGACACUCCGUGCGAGAAAGCGUUCUGGCUCAAUAAGUGCUGGAAGGCCAAGGACCCGGUCCACUACUUCCUGCCGUAGUGCCCGGCCGGGGACGAAGCUUGUUAAGGACGACACUGGAUUAUCCGAAAGAGUUUCAGUCGAAUACAUGGGUCAGUAAGU